UUCCCCACAGGGGGCUGCGCUGGGGCUGGGUGAGGAGCGGGCGGCCCUUCCGGUGAGCGCUCCCCGCGGUGACCCUUGCUCCGCCGCACCCGGCAGCGGGAGCCUUUGACCGGCGGUGGAGGGUCGCCAUGGGUGACUUCAUGCGCCAGCGGAGCAAGCGGCAGGAGGACAACGGGCUGGGCAGUGUCCUCGAUGUGCUGUUGGCCAACGCCAGGCUGGUGCUGGGUGUCACCGGGGCGGCCGUGCUCGCCAUCGCCACGCUGGCCGUCAAGAGGCUCAUAGACCGAGCCACCAGCCCUCGUAACGAGGGUGAUCCCAAAGCCGAGCAGAAGACCCUGGAGGAGAGCUGGCAGGACCUGGCCUUGAUCAAAGCAGCACCAAAACCCCCCAAGAAGCAGAGAAGGGAAGACCUCAGCGAGCCCCUGCUCUCCCCAGCCCGGCCACCAGCACCAGAGCCCAGGGUCUGCUCUGCCCCUCUGGAGCCUCCUCGGGUGGAAUCCAUCCCUCGGCGCUGCCUCACGCUGCAGGAGCAGCUCCUCUCGCACUACAGCAGCCGUCUGGCUGUACCGGAGCUGGAAGCAUCCCUCGCCCCGCAGCUGGCCAGGAGCAUCUGCAGCCAGCUCCAGAGGUUCCUGCGGAGCAAGAGCCCGGAGCUGCCCUUUGGGAACCUCUUCCUCAGCGGUGCCCUGCUCGAUGGCCUCGGGGCUGUGGCAGCCGAUCACAUCCACAUUAUGCUGCCCGUGGUCCUUGACACCGCGCUCUGGAGUCUCAUCCCAGGGGAGGACACUGUGGUGAGGAACCCCCAGUACUGGAUGAUCAAGAGGACUGAUCUGGAGUAUUUCCCUCGUGGGUGCAGCCCCUGGGACAGGUUCAUUGUGGGUCGGUACCUCUCCUCCAACGUGCUCAAUGAGAGCCUCCACAAGCUGCUGGUGGCCUCCAUCAACUGGCCUGCUAUAGGCAGCCUGCUGGGGAGCAUCAUCCACCCGGUUGUGGCAUCCCAGGAGCUGAAGCUGGAAGUCAAACACGAGCAGGUCGAGCUGAGCAUCACCCUCUUCCCACUGGUGGAAAUGGAGGGCAAGGUUCUUCUGGCUGCUCCUCCUGAAGGAUUGGUGGAGAACCUCUGGCUUGAGAGCUUUUACAAGGCAGAGGUGUCGAAGGUGAAGGAGCUGGAUGCUGGUGAUGCUGGGGCUCGGCAGCACUGCCUCCGCAUCCUCAACGGCAUCUGCAAGAGCCAUCCCAGCCUGCACAAACUGAGUGGCAGCCCCCUGACCCACACCAUCCUUCACCUCAGUGCCACCAGUACAGACUGGGCAGAAGAAAGCCUUGCUGAGAGGUUCCAGGAGGUGCUGGAGGAGCUGGUAGGUUACCUGGAGCGAGGGGUCCUGCCUUCCUAUUUCAACCACAAAAUCAACCUCUUCUGUGAGCUGUUGGAAGAGGAAAUCGAUGAGAUGGGCUUCAUGCUCUACAGAGCCAUAGCUGAGCCGGAGCUGCUGCUGAAGGAGCAAUGACUUGGUGUGUUGGGAGCUCCCAUAUGUAAGGGUGUUCCUCACCCACGUGCUGCUCCGAUGCUUCUAGCUGACUAGUGAGUAAGAGGCAAAGUUCUUGCACUUUAUGAGGAAACAAAGCAUUUUCUACCUGAAUAAAAGGUGCCUGAGCA